AUGAACACAACUGAUUUACAAGGAGAAGCAGAAACAGAAUUUUGCUACGAAAAUGCAAACAACUCGUGUCCUAAACUCAGCAGGUCCCUAAACUCAAUGGCAGUUUUGUAUGUUUCAUGUGGAACUUUAAUGUUUAUCACUGUGUGUGGCAAUUUGCUGGUAAUAAUUUCUGUAUCCCACUUCCGAGUGCUGCAUUCGCCAACAAACUUUCUGUCGCUGUCUUUAGCCCUAGUUGAUUGCCUCCAGGGAAUUGUAGUGCUGCCCUUCAGCUCUAUAAGGUCAUUUGAAAACUGUUGGUAUUUUGGAGAUGCUUUCUGUCUGAUUCAUUCUGGGUUAGAUACUCUUUUUUGCUUAGCAUCAAUUUUUCAUCUGUGUUUUAUUUCUGUUGAUCGAUACUAUGCUGUUUGUGACCCUUUACUGUACGCAGUUAAAAUUACAAUUCCUUUAACAUUUCAGUGCAUGGCUAUUGGAUGGGGAGUUUCAGUCAUUUAUUCGUUUGCACUGAUUUUGUCAAAGAAUACUGAGAUCCAGUUAGAAAAGUUAGUGUUGUUCACACCAUGUAUAGGGAGCUGUCAGCUUGCUUUCAUGACAUUAUGGGGCUGGAUAAAUUUCUCUGUGUUUUUUAUUCCAUGCUUCCUUAUGAUAGGGCUUUACAUAAAAAUUUAUUUGGUAGCUAGAAAACAGGCUACACUUAUUGAAAACAUGGAAGAUAUUAAUUCCAGCAAGACUGGUAAGGUAUCAAAGAGAGAAAGAAAGGCUGCUAAAACAUUAGGUAUUGCAGUAGGCUUGUAUGUUUUUUGCUGGGUGCCUUAUAUGAUAUCAAGUAUAAUUGAUGCAUUUUUUGAAAUUAGCAUGCCACCUGUUAUUGCUGAUUUUAUGUACUGGGGAGCAUAUAUCAAUGCUGCUUGCAAUCCUUUAAUAUAUGGCUUUUUUUAUCCUUGGUUUAGACGGGCAUUAAAAUGCAUUAUUACUGGUAAGAUAUUCCAUUCAAAUUCUUCUGCAAUAAACCUCUAUCAAGGCUAG